CGUAAGACUUUCAUUGUAGCUGUAUGCGGUAUCAAUAGGAAAAUUAUGCAGCUGGUUACAGAUUGCAAAUGACAUGUUUACUGAUAUAUCUAGUUUCUAGAUUUGUUGAGAAAUUAUAACUGUUAGUGGAUACUAUUGACUAAUUUCACAGGUUCUAGCAUCAUGCUGCAAAAAAUCCACUAUUGGUGCAUUUACUUAACGGUAAUUUGCUACAUCAUUAGAAGCAGCGAUGCGAAUCUCAUUGAAGAAUGCCCACCUCCAGAAGAUAAUUAUCCAUGUUAUUGUGAAGAGGAAGAGGAAAUGGUUGUACACUGCAAUUAUCUCAACGAAUCAAAGCAGAUUCAAAAUGCUUUUAACAAGCUUUCUGGUUACAAGAUUUUCAAAGUAUCCUUUUGGAAAAAUGAAAUCGAUGUAAUUAAAUCUGAUAUGUUCCGAGGUUUGUCCAUAAAACAAGUAGUAUUCACUAAUUCGAGUGUGAGAUUAGAAUCUCCUCAGUUUGUUGGUUUGGAAUCAUCUUUGAAUAGACUGACGUUUUUAUCUUCUUUCGAUAAAGAUACACCAAUGGAAACAUGGUCAGUUGAACAUCUCGAAAUUCUAAAGGAGAUGCGCUUCGACAGAAAUGAAAUUAAAAUCCUUAAGAAUAGCUGGCUAAGUUCUUCUGGACCAGUUUUAAGAUCAUUAACUUUUAGUGAGUGUCAAAUUGAAAAACUGGAAGAUAAAGUAUUUUCAAAAAUGGAUAGCCUGACAACGCUUUUUCUCACCGACAAUGAAAUCACAGCUGUGAGUCGAAGCAUGUUUCCUAGACCAGCAGAAAAUUUGCGUAGCAUAGAUUUAAAUGGUAACAAGCUCCAAACUCUGCCAGAUGACAUAUUCAAAGAUAUGCCAAGCCUUAAAAGCAUAGAUUUAGGACGUAAUCUGCUAAAAACUGUGAGUGAAUCCACCUGGUCCUUUAUUGUGGAAAGCUUUUCUCGAGUCAUUUUGGAAGAUAAUCCAAUCAAAUGCGACAAGUCUUUGAAAUGGAUUAGCAAGAAGGAUCUACCGAAGACUUUCACAGGAAAAUGCAGUGCACCCGCUAAGCUUAAAAACAGGCCCAUUCGCAAUCUGACACCAGCUGACUUUUAUUGAGUCGGCAUAUGUAGUCUCGAAAGAAAAAAAAUUGAAAUAAAUAACUUACAUCGUUGUA